UCGUGCGAACUCGUUCCGAAAUAAAUAGCACAGCUCUAUUUGUCAACACUGCCCUCAAACAGCUGUGGUACAAUUUUGUUUGUUAUGAGACAAUUUUUUGUAAAUUCGUUUUACUCUUGGCCAAAACAAACAGUCAAUUAAAUAUACUUAACAAACUAGAACGCAGUUGUGGCCAAAAACAUAUUGUGAAGCAGAAAGAAAAAAAUUUAAAUCUUACAAUUAUGGCCGAAGCGCCGUCAAAUGCACUUGCAACGCUGCCGACGCCUGGCGGACAAACGGCGGAUAUAUUCAAGCUAAACAACGAUUGUCUGGAAUGUAUAUUUGAGCGUCUGCAGGAUUUACGCAGUGAAGUGGCAUUUGCCAGAGUCUGCCAGCGCUUUCAGUGGAUAUGCCUGAACCGAUGGCGCAGUUCUCAUUUAUACGAUAAGCUGGACAUGGAAAAGUGGCGCGAAUUGUUGCCCAACUAUGAGGACCUGUGCUAUUUCAUAAAAGAAAUGCGCCCCUUUAUACGCCACAUGCAUGUGUCGACCUGUCUGUGCGCCUUGCUGAAGGAUUUAGAUGAGAUGCAAGUGUAUGUGCUGCCCAAUGUUACCAGCUUCUAUUACGAUCCCGAGGAAAUGGACUGCUAUCCAUCGGAUCGCAGCAUAAGCAAGAUGGCUGAAAUGAUGCCAAAUUUGCAGCGACUUCGUCUAACGACACCAAUUCAGGGCCGAUAUCUGUCGAACUUUCGACACCUGCAAGAGCUGCACUUGUACGAGGAUCAGCACAAGGAAUACGAACUGCAGCAGGAAUAUCUAGAUGAGAUAUGCAGUCAAUUGCUUAAUCUGCAAGUACUGGACAUACGUAUGUAUGAUGUUAUCAGCAAACUGCGGCUCAAUACCUGCGUGGACUACCUUAAGAAUCUCAGCAUCUUAAAGCUUAAUUUGGCCACGCUGAAAUCAGUUUUAACCGAUGUUCUCAAACUGCCAGCACUCAAACAGUUGAUUGUUCUCCUGGACACUGAGUGGUGCAUACCACCAUUGGCUAGUGUGGAUAGCUAUGAUCACAAGAUACGCGAGGUGCACGAAUUCUUUGAGAUAAUGGAACGCAAGGCUCCGGAUAUAGUUGGCGUUGCCGUCGAUGGUUAUUACAUGCCACUGGAGCCGGGUUGGGAUGCGAAUUUGCCCAUUUGGUCACAUCGCAAGCUACAGCGCCUGGCCAUCUGCAGUUGGACACAUGCCAUUGGCUUCCUGGAGCGCUACACCUGUAUGACGAGCCUGCAGCUGCUGUGUCUACGCAAUUGGACAUAUUUGUGCGAUGAUAUGCUACUGAAAUUCAUUGAGCUGUGCCCGCAACUGCAUCAUCUGGAUGUGUCCUAUUGUCGAGAGCUGACACCCAAUUUUCUACAGCGUGCAUUGAACAUUUUAAAGCAGCGCGAGCCGAAUAAACAGCAUAGUAAAUUUACUCGCACUCGACCACUGCUCAUUUAUUAUAUUCUCUGUGGCUUCGAGGAUUAUGUAGAUGUCAAUGAACUGAAACAUUCAGCAGAUUACAAAGAUUACAUUGUGUUUAUGGAUGAUUUUCCCGUUAGCUCUGAGCGGGGCCUUAGCUUCGUGGAUCGCGGCUAUCAGUUCGACUUUGAGUAGAGCAGCCGGGGCGCAAAAUUCUCUUGUAUAUAACACAAUUUAUAUAUGAAACAUAGAAUUGUAAAUUUAUUUUUGUUCUACGAAUGAAGACACAAAACUCCCAAAUAUGUACAUAAAGUUAUAUAUAAAAUUGAUUAAGUGUACAUAAACCCAACAAUUAAUCCCAUCGCAGAUUUCGUAUUUCGUCAGUUUGCUUCUUAUCGUUCCGUUAUCGAUAGAUUUCGAUUUCUGCAGCUCAAUGCUCACUGCUAUCGCGCUGCUCUCAUUCAGUUGUUUCUAUUUUGUGUCAAAAUUUUACACAUAUUCGAAAAAUUUAGUACUAUGAGCGAUAAGAAAAUUACGAACUCCGGUGAGGGUAUACGCCCCACCCAAACCACAAAUUUAUUUAAGGCGAUCAACGCCGAAAUUAAUUCAACACAGAACAAAGUUUUAGUGGGCCUGGGUCUAGUUGCAGCAGCUGGCGUUUUUGGCUAUAUAACCUACGUGCGGCGCAGAUACGAACGGCUCGGUUAUUAUAUGGCACUGAGGGAAGAUGGACGCACAGAGUUCAUUAAAAAGAAAUCCAAUUGGGAAUUAUAGCUGACUGUCAUUACUUAUUGUUUCCGUUUUCAAAUUCAAUAUGAGUUUGCAGGGUGUAUCAAUAUAAGCUAAAUAUUAAAAAUUGAUUUAAUGAUAGUU